CCCUAAUCUCUUUUAAUCUGUAAAACUUCCAGGAAUCAGACAGCGAAGCAGCGAAAACUAGAUGGAGGAUGAUAUAUGAUGAAGAAACAUCCUACUCUACUUCGCAAGAAUACUGCCAAAAAUCAUAUUUUCCCACAGCUUUUUCCGGUCACCAGAUCGAAAAUGAUCUUCCGAAAAUUCUUCUUCUUCUCCUUUCUCUUCAUUUUCUUCUCCUUCUCCACCCACACCACUGCUGACCUGGCCACCGAUCGCGCCGCCCUCGUAGCGCUCCGGCAUGCCGUCGGCGGCCGCUCACUUAUCUGGAAUCUCUCCGACCCCAACACGUGUUCUUGGGCCGGCAUCAAAUGCUCCACCGACAAUAACUCCGUUGUGGAGCUCCGCCUCCCCGGAUCGGGUCUAUCCGGGUCAAUCCCGCCGGCUACCAUCUCCAAUAUCACGGGCUUACAGACUCUGAGCCUCCGCUACAAUGCUCUCUCCGGCCCGCUCCCGUCCGACCUGUUCACCUCUCUCCGUGACCUCCGCCGCGUGUACCUCCACCGCAACUUCUUCUCCGGAAGGAUCCCGGAAUCUGUUUUCUCCAUACCCAACCUUGUCCACCUCAACCUUGCUCACAACAACUUCUCCGGCUCCCUGUCACCUUCCGUCAGCAAUCUCACCCGUUUGACCACACUCUACUUGCAGGAGAAUCAGUUAUCUGGGUCGAUUCCGGAGCUGGACUUGCCCGGGUUGGCCCAGUUCAACGUCUCCGACAACCAAUUCACCGGUGAAAUUCCGGGAAAGCUCUCCGGUCAGCCGAGGAGCGCGUUUCAGGGCAAUUCACUGUGCGGACGGCCACUGGAUCUCUGCGGUUGGCAGCGGGGGAGAAAGAAAAGACUCUCUGGCGGCGCAAUUGGCGGGAUUGUGGCCGGAUCCGUCAUCGGGUUAGUACUAUUGCUCUUGCUGCUGAUUUUGUUGUUUCCUCGUGGAAAGAGAGGCGGGAGGGUGGAGCAGGGAAAGCAGAAUGAGGAGGCGCGGGAAGAAAAGUCGGCGGCGGCAGCGGCGUUUGGCGGGAAAGAGAAGGAGAAGGGGAAGCAGCUGGUGUUCUUGGGCGGGGAGGGCGGGAAGUUCGGGCUAGAUGAGCUGUUGAAGGCUUCCGCGGAAGUGCUGGGGAAGGGGAGCCUGGGAACGGCUUACAAAGCGGUGCUGGAGAAGGGGGUGCGGGUGGUGGUGAAGAGGCUUCGGGAGGUGGGCGUGGCGGAGGAGGAGUUCCGGGAGAGGAUGGAGGGAGUGGGGAAGAUGCGGGGGGAGAACCUGCUGCCCCUCACCGCCUAUUUCUACAGCGGGGAUGAGAAGCUUCUCGUCUAUGAUUACAUGCCUAUGGGCAGCUUGUCUGCCCUCUUACAUGGUAACAAAGGAGGGGGCAGGACACCACUGAACUGGGAAACAAGAGCUUCAAUUGCCCUUAGUACUGCCCGUGGGAUCACAUACAUCCAUUCACAAGGCCCAUACAUUUCACAUGGCAACAUUAAGUCAUCAAAUGUUCUCCUUACCAAAUCCUAUGAUGCCCGAGUGUCCGACUUUGGCCUUUCUCAGCUCAUUGGCCCCACCUCCACGCCUAACCGUAUCGGUGGCUACAAGGCACCCGAGGUGACUGAUCCCCGCAAAGUGACCCAAGAGGGAGAUGUAUACAGUUUUGGGGUUUUGCUACUCGAGUUGCUAACAGGAAAGGCUCCAACACAUUCGCUAACUAGUGAGGAAGGCUUUGACCUCCCGCGAUGGGUUGAGUCUAUAAUCCGAGAGGAGUGGACUGCUGAAGUGUUUGAUCCCGAACUCCUUAGGUACCAAAAUGUUGAGGAGGAUAUGGUUAAGCUCCUUCAACUUGCGGUUGAUUGUACUGCUCAAUAUCCGGACAAGCGCCCUUCCAUGGCGGUUGUAACUAGUCGAAUCCAAGGUCUUAUUAGUUCCAGCGUUCUAGCCUCUCGUGAUGGCAUAAUUGAUGAUCUCAACAACUAAGAAUUUGAGGACUUUGGUGCAAACACAAAAAAAAACAAGGCCUGAGAAUCUGAUACCUCACAGCUUUAUUUUUCUUUUUUAAUUCUUGAAGAGUUGGUGUUUCUAUUUUAUUAUUUGUUCUCUUAAUUAUUCUUUUACUCCAUAUUUACUUUCCCUUCUCUGCUGUUGUUAAUGAAAAAUGACUAUUGAUUUUGGCUAUACAACCAAGGCUUUCUCCUUUCUUCUUUGGGUGAACGUUCACUUUCUUUCAUACGGAUCGGAGCAUUUAAAUACAUUUUUUUCUUUAAAUUCGU